ACCGGGAUCAUUGCAGACAGGCACCGCGGCGGGCGCCUGUGCGCCGGGAGUCCGGGAGGCCCCCGGGCGGUGCCGCCGUCCCGCCCGCCCCUGCGCGGGCUGUUGAUCGGUGGCGGGGCGGGCGGCGAUGCGGCUGCAGUGUGAGGUGGAGGUGGUCAGCCGGCUCCUGCCCACCUGCGGGCUGCGGGGCCGCGGCCGCGGCACCAGGGCCCUCCUCUCGCUCGGCCGCCCGCCCGGACGGGCGGAGGGUGGAGGCAACGGCAUUUACCUCAUGGUGUGCACGGCGCGGGACCGGGUCGGUGCUCGCUACAAGGUUCAGGAGAACAUCGAGCGGUUUUUCACCCGGUUCGUGGAGGAGGGCAAGGCCACCGUGCGCCUCCGGGAGCCCGCUGUGGACGUCUGCCUCAGCAAGGCAAAUGCCAGCAAUCUAAAGAAUUUCCUCUCAGCCGUGAGACUGGCUCACCAGGGGACUGACACAGGAGCUCUCCCGCUCUCAGCUUUGGUACCGGCAAAGACCUCAGAAGUUGAAAAACCAAAAGCCAAAAUGAUCAUAACAUCAAGAAGGGACUAUCCUCUCACUAAAAACUUCCCCUAUUCCUUGGAGCACCUCCAGGCCUCCUACUGCAAGCUGGCUCGAAUCGACACACGAGUGCUCUGCUUGAAAAAGCUCCGCAAACUAGACCUAAGUCAUAACCACAUCAAGCAGCUGCCUGCUACCAUUGGUGACCUGACCUGUCUUCAGGAGCUCAUUUUGCAUGACAAUCACUUGCAGUCCUUCAGUGGGGCUCUUUGCAGCUCCACUCUCCAGAAAUCUCUGCAGUUUUUGGACCUCAGCCGAAACAAAAUGAAAGCACUUCCCAUUCAGUUCUGCCAGCUGCGGGAGCUUGUCAACCUGAAGCUGGAUGACAACGAGUUGAUUAGGUUGCCCUUCAAGAUUGGCCAGUUAAAUCACCUACGCUUUCUGUCAGCAGCUCGAAACAAACUCCCCUUCUUGCCCAGUGAUUUUAGGAAACUCUGUCUUGAGAACUUGGAUCUCUUUGGAAAUCCUUUUGAGCAACCAAAUCCUCUUGUUCCCAACAUCCAGCUGAAAAUACCUUUGACUUUAUUGGAGUGUGCUGCAAGAGCAACCCUGAACUACAGAAUCCGUUUUGGUGGCCAUCUCCUUCCUUCCCACCUUUGUGAAGAUCUGGAAGUGGCUAAAACAUGCCAGUGUGGAAGUGCCUGUCUGAGCAGCUUCAUUCAGAUCACAGUGACCAUGAAUCUCCAUCAUGUAGCUCAUACCGUGGUCCUUGUGGACAACAUGGGAGGGACAGAAGCUCCCAUCAUCUGCUACUUCUGUUCUCUGGCCUGCUAUUCCCAGUUCCUGGACAGGUACCUGCAGAGCAAUGGGUGACCACUCAUGGAUAGAAAAGCUCUGCCUGAAGUUGUGUCCAGUGACAGAGGAGCCUGAAAUUGUUUUCUGCUUAUUUAUCCACGUGUGUUGUCAUAGAGUCUUGCAGGGAGGGGUGCUGGCAGCCUGAUCUGGUGGCCUGAUUCUUCCUUCACCAUUACAACCUCUUUGGUUGGAUGUGAAACCUCCUUAGAAUGUAUUUUGCUUUCUUUUUCCUCUGACUGUGACUGUGCUGGGAGCAUCAUGACCAUUUAGCUUCAUGGUGGGAUUUGUUUCUGCUAGAGGGAAGCUGGGCAUGGAUCAGACUGCUUUGCUUCCUUCCACGUGAAGCUCUGAACUCCACCUACAGAAGGCAAGCACACGGACUUUAUCACUGGACUUUUCCCAACUUGUUUACUACAGGGCAACUUAGUAGGCUGCUACAAGGAGGUAUCAUUUGACCAACUCAGAACUGGUCAUGUCACUCCAGGUGCUGCUUCUUCAAGUUCUGUUACAUCAUUCUCACCUCAAGCAGGGACCAGCAUUACUGCUGGUUUAUUUUUUAACCACAGGAAGUGGGUUUGGGUUUAUCUCUUUGUGAUACCAGAAACUUCUUUUUCUAAAUGCUUGAUGUGAAUUCUGUUUCUUGACUUGAUGUGUUUUAAAGGUUCUUGAACUGUUCACUGUGUUGACUUAAUAAAUUUUGGAACCCUUCUCAGUA